CUGCAGGUGCUGCUCAUGCCAACCUACCGCUCCACCGACUUUGAGGUGCACCGCAACUGGCUGGCCAUCACACACUCCCUCCCCGUCAAGCAAUGGUACUAUGAGGAUACCUCCGAGUGGACCCUGGACUACCCGCCUCUCUUUGCUUGGUUUGAGUGGGCGCUGUCGCAGCUGGCGGCCUGGUUUGAUCCCGCCAUGCUGCACGUGGCCGAGCUCGGCUAUGCCAGCCCCGCCACCGUGCUCUUCCAGCGCCUCACUGUGAUUGCCACCGAGGGCGUGCUGCUGUUUGCGGCCUGGCACGCCACCAGGCAAGCUCCGGAGCAGGGCUGCUGCCCCAUGCCUUCCCUGUGCCUGGUGCGCCUGGCUGCUCUGUUCCUGGUGGCUGCCAACCCGGGGCUGCUCAUGGUGGACCACAUGCACUUCCAGUACAACGGCAUGCUGCUGGGCCUGUUUGUGCUGUCGCUGCUGGCGGCGGCCGAGGAGUGCUACCUGCUGUCGGCGCUCCUGUUUGCGGUGCUACUCAACAUGAAGCACAUCUUCCUCUACGCAUCCCCGGCCUUCUUCUGCUUCCUGCUCAGGCGCUACUGCAGCGGGCCAAGAGCAGUCCUGCGGUUUCUCAUGCUAGGAGCGAUCGUGGCCGCCAUCUUUGGUCUUUCAUUCGGGCCCUUUGUGGCCUUGGGGCAGCUGCCGCAGCUCAUCCAGCGGCUGUUUCCGUUUGCCCGCGGCCUCUGCCACGCCUACUGGGCGCCCAACGUGUGGGCGCUGUAUGCGGCGCUAGACAAAGUCCUCAGCAACCUGCUGGGCCGCAGAGGGGUAGCGGCCAGCAUGACAGGCGGGCUGGUUGGAGUGGCGGAGUUUGCGGUGCUUCCGCAGAUCGGCAGUGGUGCCACCGCGCUGUGGAUGCUGAUUGCCAUGUCGCCCUGCCUGCUGCGCAUUUGGCAGCGGCCUGAACCGAGGGACUUCCCUGCGGCGGUGCUGUACUGCACCUUUUGCAGCUACAUGCUGGGGUAUCAUGUGCACGAGAAGGCAGUACUGAUGAUUUCAGUUUCCCUGGGCAUCCUGGCGGCGGCUGGACUGAUGCCUGAAACCCUCCCCCUGCCUGCAGUUGGCUGCUAUUCGCUCUUCCCGCUGCUUUUUGGCGAUCAGGAGUACCCCAUCAAGGCGAGCUGA